UGCGCGCGUCACAUCCGACUCUGGUUGGCUGCUGAGAUCGUGACGUGUGUCGGAGUUUGUUGGCUGCGGAAGCUGCUGUCAUGUGAUUCGGCGCGAGGAUACGAUGCUUCUUAAAUUUGUGGAUAAAAAACGCUUAAAGACAUGGAGGAGAUAAGAGUGUCUCCUGAUUAUAACUGGUUCAGAAGCACUGUACCUCUGAAGAGGAUAAUCGUGGAUGAUGAUGACAGUAAAGUCUGGUCAUUGUAUGAAGCUGGGCCUAAAAGUAUCCGGUGUCCCAUCAUCUUCCUCCCGCCGGUGAGCGGCACGGCAGAGGUUUUCUUCCAGCAGGUGUUGGCUCUCUCUGGACGGGGCUACCGUGUCAUCUCACUCCAGUACCCCGUCUACUGGGAUCUGUUGGAAUUUUGUGAUGGAUUUAGGAAGCUUUUAGACCACUUACAACUAGACAAGGUGCAUUUGUUCGGCGCUUCUCUUGGCGGUUUCCUGGCUCAGAAGUUUGCAGAGGUCACGCACAAAUCUCCCAGAGUCCACUCUCUGAUCCUCUGCAAUUCAUUUAGUGACACAUCCAUCUUCAACCAAACCUGGACGGCUAACAGCUUCUGGCUAAUGCCUGCAUUCAUGCUGAAAAAGAUUGUUCUUGGUAACUUUGCCAAAGGACCCGUGGACCCAAAAAUGGCAGAUGCGAUCGACUUUAUGGUCGAUAGACUGGAGAGUCUGAAUCAGAGCGAGCUCGCCUCUCGACUCACACUUAACUGCCAAAACUCUUACGUGGAGCCUCACAAGAUAAAGGACGUUGCCAUCACCAUAAUGGAUGUUUUUGAUCAGAGCGCCCUGUCGCACGAGGCAAAAGAAGAAAUGUAUAAGCUUUACCCAAACGCUAGAAGGGCUCACCUAAAAACUGGAGGAAACUUCCCAUAUCUUUGCAGAAGCGCAGAGGUUAACCUAUACAUACAAAUACAUCUCCGUCAGUUUCACGGCACACGGUAUGCUGCCAUCAGCCCAGAGAUGGUCAGUGCUGAGGAACUGGAGGUCCAAAAAUCAAACCUGAGCAGAAGUGAUGAUGAGUCUUAGACCCAAAGGCUUUUGAUUCAACUGUACGACAUUCAGAGAUCAUUUGGUAUCAUUUUUAUGACAUUAAAUCAAAUGUGAACGGACUUUAAAGAGCCUAUUUUUACUUUAAAAUAAACAAUAUUUUGAUAAGUAUUACGACUGUAAAUAAGUUAUAUAUACGUUUUCAUAGAAUGCCAUAUUUUGACCUGGUUGCCUUACACAUCACAAAACCAACAUCUUUGUUAAAUUGCACUUUUUACCAAAUUGUUUUUCCAACUUCUAUUCUGUGGUAUUUUUGUUCGUCCUGUUUUCGAAUGGUUUGUUGUUAUGUAUGUCAUUAUCUUCGUUAUUCAUAUGAGUCAUGCACUGAAAUAUAGUUCCUGAUUUGGAAAGAAAUCUUUAUAAAAUUUGUCAUUUAUUUGCUUAAGUAAAACUUCUAAACCACAAAAAA